GGCGCAUGCGCAAUAAUCUAAAACAAGAUACUUGCAACCGUUUUGCGACAUUUAAAAAUAUUUUCCUUUUUUAUUUUGUGUCAGUUCUGUAGUUAUUUUAUUAACCAUUUCAAAUUCAAUCUGUACGAUUGUUUUGUUUUUCUUUAAUCGGAGAAAAUAUUUUUGUUUUGUUUUUAAAAAUAAUUCGAUGCCUCAAAAUGAGCAUUAGAUUGUGAUAUAAUUUCUUUCUGGUUACAAUUUAAAUUGGCGCAACAUUUGGCAUAAAAUCAACAGCACAGUCAUUCUUAUAACAAUCCUAUGAAUAGUACGAUAAAUUAGUGCACCUGUUGUCCAUUGUUUUCAUACAGUGUUAACCAUGGAGGUCAUCGAAACUAAUGAAAUCGACUUCAACCAGCCAGGGACGGAUAAGCCCGCAAACCUGGCCAAUUCCGCAGUGCUACGCAUGCUGGAGGAGGAAGAACGCAACCGCAGGGGCUACCCCAAGUUAGACCCCACCCAAGUGCAGGCGAUUCUGGACACAUUGGUCCAUGCCAGCCACCGGUUUGACAACUACUGGCCUCCGGACCGGUCCAGGAUGCGCUCCGCUAGAAGCUGGGAUGGCCAGCUCAACGCCACCGGCAAUAUUUAUUCCGACUUUAUGAAAGCCACUAAAGGCCAGAAGAAGGUGGUGUGGCCACCAGUGCCGGAAACGAACGGCUAUCAUCAGCCGCAACAGCAGAGUCCUGCGUACCACAACACAGCGCAGCACUCCCCCUCCGCACAACCACAACAAUACCAACAACAGUACCAAAACCCACCCAAUCAGUACCAGAACCAGCCCAACCAGUACCAGAACCAGCCCAACCAGUACCAGAACCAGCCAAGCCAGUAUCAGAACCAGCCCCAGUAUUCUCCGCAACCCAAUCAGUCAAAUCAAAGUCAGCAGUAUCCAUCUCAGCCACAGGCUCAGUACCAACAGCCGCAAUCGCAGCCGUCGUACUGUGAAGGCAAACGUCAGGAGGCCACAGGGCUGAGCAAACUGAUUCCCUUCGGUCCGGGAGUGACUGCUUCCCCCGCGUCCCCCUCGUACCGCCAGGGCCCGCCAUCGCCCGGCGUGGCACAGCCCUACCGUCAGCCGAACAGCCGUUGGGCGCCUGUGCCAGCCCCCCUUUCUCCACAGACCCAAGGAUCGCAGCCGAGCUAUCCGCAGCAGCAACAAUACUCGCAGCCACAGUUCUCGCCCCAACAGCAGUAUUCGCAGCCGCAAUACUCCACGCAGCCGCAGUACUCCCCGAAUCAGUACUCGGAGCCCUACCAGCCCCCUCAAAGAGAGUUCGAGCCCCCACCGUCCACCAUCACCCUCCGCCAGCAACCCCCGGUGCACCAGCAACCACCACCAGUCUUCACCAGUCAACCCGCUGCAGCAUCCUUCAAAGGAGGAGUGAACAUGCGUGGAGACCAGAAGUGGCCGCCGCAGUCGGUGAAGGAGGCCGUCGCGGCUGAGAAUGAAGCCAGGAUGCAGCUCGCUAGAGGACCAGCCUGCAGGCCGCGCAAGGUGAAGAAGGACUACUCUUCGUUUUUCGCGCAACACGCGCUCACCAACAACUACCCUGGAUACCGCGCCCCACCUGGCACACAACAUUACGAAGAUCUCUCGGGUCGAUCUUCUUACUAAAUUAGAUUAACUUUAGGUUAACUAACCUCGUGUAGACUAUGAAUACGGAAAUCUUUUUUCAUCUCAUUUCAUGAAAACUACAUUAAACUUCCAUCACAUUUUAGUUGAAAUUAUUAAUGGCAGAGUGUGUCUAACUUGAGUCUUGGGGGCAAAACCAUUAGUGAUUUCAAAAAAAUAUGUAUUGAUUAGUAAAACUCAUCAUGUCAUCAAGUCUCUCUCAUACAAAACAUGUCUCAUUUGUUUAUGAUUCUCAUCUCUUGCAAAGAAGUCUCAGGGUAGUGACUUCGAAGGAAGUACUUGUAUAGACUUUAGGUAUUAAAGUCUUGGGGCAUGUACAAGAUUGGAUUGUAAAUCUUAAUGUAGUUCUAAUUUAUUCUUAACCAUUAAUUAGUUUAUAAGAAUAAAACAUAUAAAAUAUUAAAAAAUAAAUAAUGAAAAUAUAUUGUCAUUAUCAUAUCGAGAUACUCGCUUCAUUGUCUAAUCUAAUCAAUCUACGAUUUUUUCUUUUAUAUUUUAAACUUCUAAACUCGAUAUGUUGUGCGGCUUUAUACAUUGCGAACGUUAUGCGAAAUAUUUACAAAAUUGCUUUUUAAUUCAUUGUAAAUAACUUACCUACGACACAAAAUAAAAAUUAUCCUUAAAUAAAAUAAUUAUACUUAUUAUGAGUCCUUGCGAAAACUAAUAACACAUAUCAUGACAAAAUCGGCUAAGCUUAAAAUUUUACUAGUCAGAAGUGAUUAUAUUAUUAUUUUGUAUAUAAAAUGUUAAAACAGUUUUUGUUUUGGUAUUAUGUAAUUAUAUUUCAAUGAAAUAAAUUGUGUAAAACACCAAUCA